AUGAGCGGAUGGACUCCUGAUGAGGGGGACUGGGGUGUUCAUUCCGACUCUGGCUUCCGAAACAAUGAGAACGUCAGCCCGAAUAGUUUCAAGGGCGCUCCGGACUUCGGUGGUGAUGACUUUGGUAAUGACUUUGAUGGCAACGACUCGAAGCCCACCGGUGAGCAAGAUGACAACAAAUGUCGCAACUGUGGAAACGAUGGCCACUUCGCCCGUAACUGCCCUGAGCCUCGCAAGGGUAUGGCUUGCUUCAACUGCGGUGAGGAAGGUCACACUAAAUCUAAGUGCAUCAAGCCUCGCGUGUUCAAGGGCUCUUGCCGUAUCUGCAACCAAGAGGGACAUCCGGCUGCUGAAUGUCCUGAGAAGCCUGCUAGUGUUUGCAAGAACUGCAAGAUGGAAGGUCACUUAACCAUGGAGUGCAAAUCUAAUCGCAAGUUCGACAUGAACCACAUUCCUGAUAAACUUCCAGACGAGGCCUGGAAUGCCAUCAAAGCAGCUAGUGCCGAGAGAAACCUUGAGGAUUUCCGUGAGGCGCUCAACAUGUAUUCUAAGGCCGUCCCCCAGGCGACAUUUCUUGAUAUCGAAAAGAAACUGCGUGAGGAUAACCUCUGCUUCUACAUUAUUGCAAUGGACAAACAAGUGGACGAGUGCAUUAGCCUUAUCAAUCUCCAGGGGAAGCUGAACUGCAAGUAUGUCGUUGGGUUUUUCUACAGACCCAAGCCCCAGCGUGCGCACCUCAGAGAGCGUUGGCCAGAGUCCGUCGAGGACAACUUUGAACGUCUUGAAAAUGCAGGUCUUCCUUACGACCGCCAGAUUCCCAAGUGCGGGAACUGCGGAGAAAUGGGCCAUACUACGCGCGGCUGCAAGGAAGAACGUGCUCUUGUUGAACGUAUCGAAGUAAAAUGUGUCAAUUGCAAUGCUGUUGGACACCGUGCUCGUGAUUGCACUGAGACACGUCGUGAUCCAUAUGCUUGCCGCAACUGCGGAUCAAAUGAGCAUAAGGCUGCCGACUGUCCCAACCCUCGCACUGCAGAGGGCGUUGAAUGCAGACGUUGCAAUGAAGUCGGUCACUUCGCAAAGGACUGUCCCCAGGCUAGUGCUCCAAGAGCCUGUCGCAACUGCGGAUCCGAGGACCACAUGGCGAGGAAUUGCGACAAGCCACGCGAUGUCUCAACUGUGACAUGCCGUAACUGUGACGAGGGUAAGGCUUUCUAUCAUGCCCCCGAUCCCAUCUUCCACGAGCUAAUGCUAUUUGUAUCAGUCGGCCAUUUCAGUCGUGACUGCCCCCGAAAGAAAGAUUGGUCUAAGGUUAAAUGCAACAACUGUGGUGAGAUGGGUCACACCAUCAAGCGUUGCCCUAGCGCCGCAGAGCCGGACGGAAUGGCCACGGAUAACAGUAACGACGACUUUACUACUGGUGGUUGGCCUGUCGACCGGACAGAGUCCAAGGGCGAGGCACAAGCCGGAGGCGGCGGAUGGGCGUCUGAAGGGGCUACGUGGGGCUAG